AAACAAACGGAAAAGUUUCAUACAGGAAGCUGUUCAAGCUUCAUGUGACGUCGCUGGCGUUAGGUUGCGUUUCUCUCCCACUCUCCAACCGUCUUUAUUAACUUGAAACUGUUGAGUGCUCGUGCCAGAACCGGGUUAUCGUCGRGCUCUCCUUCCCGCUCCUCCUUUUAUUUCAGCUGCAGAUGCACAACCCUCCCGGCAUCCGUCUGCGAGCAGCCAGCCACCAUUUAUAGCCUGGCGGUGACACGCAAUCUUAUUAUGAGAUUUAAACUUUGCCUCUGCUAGUCUGGAGGAUCAACAGCACGCGCGCUCCUCUCGCAGGCACCCCUCCACCCCACCCCAACCGAUACUGGGAUAUCUGCGCCUCAGAGAGUGGGUGGACGCCGGUGUGACAGAAACGAAAAAGAAAAAAAAAAACCCGAUCGGGGCUCCAAGUCUCUCCAGAACACAUAGAGGCGAGCAGAGAGAGGAGCUCAGCCCCCGAAUUAAAUCACUCAGCGCUCAGUGGAUCUCUGAGUCUCCCCCUGACGCAGGCAGACGCUGCAGCCUCGACUUCAGCACCGAAAACAGAACAUUUGGAUUCUCUUUUCACAUUUAUUUUGUUUAGCRUCUGCUCUGUUUUGUUUACAUACAAAAAAGAAAAAACAAACAAACAAACGUGUUGAUCGUGGUGAGAUAAGCUGGCCGAUCUGUGGGCGGAAAGAUUCUCUUCCUGCAGCCAUUAAGCAGAGCUCAACGGGAGAAAUCACGGAGGAUCUGGAUUGCCGGAGGGCCACCAGAGAUGGUUUCCCACACCCAGGGUUUCACCGUAGAUUACAGCAGUUAUUCAUCCGUGCACAUGAGAAAGGCACAAGAAGGGGAGCACUGAAGAUGGAACGAUUUCAUAAUGAUCGUGUGUGAGGUGGAAAAAAAGCACAAGCCAAGCUAAGGUGAUGAAAGUUCCCAAGUUUACUGCUGACGAAUCUCAUUGAAAGAGUUUGCAGGAAGAUACCAGUUAUUUAUCUGAUUGGUACAUGGGGACAAUAUGCAUCGUCAUUCAUCCAUCGAUAAAGAGAAGACAAAUAAAAGCAUCGGUUCUGGCACUGAGAACAGUUAAACAGCCAGCUGAUUCAGAAAAAGGAUUGUAUCAAGGUACUGAAACAACAGUGGGAUCACCCUCCUUUUAUUUGUUUGACCCUGCACAUGACUCUCAGAGAAGGACUAAUGGCCUGCAGCUCAGGCAUGGUGAUGAGCGCCAUGUUUUGGUCUGUGACCAUUGUAUACUUGACUCACAUCGGCAGAGUUAGUGGGGACUGCUGGUUAAUUGAAGGUGAAAAGGGCUUUGUAUGGCUUGCAAUUUGCAGCCAAAACCAACCACCCUUUGAGGCCAUCCCACAGCAUAUCAACAACACCAUUGUGGACCUUCGUCUGAAUGAAAACAAAAUCAAAAGCAUUCAUUAUUCUUCCCUCAGUCGCUUUGCCAACUUGACCUACCUGAACCUGACCAAGAAUGAAAUAUCUUACAUCGAGGAUGGGGCCUUUUCUGCUCAGUUUAACUUGCAAGUCCUUCAAAUGGGCUUCAACAGGUUACGGAACCUGACAGAGGGGAUCCUUCGGGGUUUAGGAAAGCUGCAGUACCUCUACCUCCAGGCAAACCUGAUUGAAACUGUGACACCUAAUGCCUUUUGGGAAUGCCCCAACAUAGAAAACAUUGAUCUGUCCAUAAACCGAAUACAGCAGUUAGAUGGGUCCACAUUCACCAGUUUAACUAAACUUUCUACCUGCGAGCUCUACACCAACCCAUUCAACUGCUCGUGUGAGUUGCUGGGAUUCGUGAAAUGGCUGUCAACCUUCCCGAACCGAACAAACGAGCGGAUGGUGUGUGACUCUCCACGUGGUGUUGCAGGUUAUAGCCUACUGAGCCAGAAUCCUAACAAUCCAACAUAUCGAAAUGCACUUCAUAUGCUAACUACUGUGUGUACCGAUGACUAUGUGACACCAUUCAUCUCUGUGAGCACUGAAUCUACAAUAAUACCACCUGACUCAACGCUUUGUGGGUUGGACGAUUGUCCUUCAGGCACAGAACCAGAGGAUAUUACAGUGAGUACAACUGAAAACGAGGUGCAAGGAAACCCUCUAAUGAAAGUGAAGCAAGUAACGAACACGGGUGCCACUAUUACUGUUCAGAUCCCUCAUCCUUACAAGAAAAUGUACAUUUUGGUUCUUUACAAUAACAGCUUUUUCACAGAUAUUCGAAACCUUAAAGAUACAAAAGAGGACGUUGAACUAAAGAACCUUAAACCCCACACCAACUACACAUACUGUGUGGCUUCGAUUCGUAAUUCUCUUAGACACAACCAUACUUGUCUUACAAUCUURACUGGACCUUGGAAUGGAAAAGAACGAGUUGUAAACAAUGCAACUGCCACUCAUUACAUUAUGACGAUUUUAGGUUGCCUCUUUAGCAUGGUUAUAUUUCUGGGGAUUGUUUACUACUGCUUGCGAAGAAAGCGGCAACAAGAUGAAAAGCAAAAAAAGGCGGGCAGUCUGAAAAAAAACAUAAUGGAACUAAAAUACGGACAAGAACUAGAGGGUGGGACUAUUUCUCAGAUGUCACAAAAGCAGCUGUUGGCUGGAGAGAGCAUGGCUCGUAUGCCGUACUUACCAUCUGCGAGUGAAAUGGAGCAGUACAAAUUCCAGGAGAUAAGCAAUACUCCCAAAAUGAUUAAGGGAAGUUACAUGGAUGUUCGAAGCAUGGACCAUCAUGAGCGCAGGGAGUGUGAAAUGGGAAUGGCAGGAAACAGUCAAGGGUCGGUGGCAGAGAUUUCCACGAUCGCAAAAGAAGUUGAUAAAGUUAAUCAGAUAAUUAACAACUGCAUAGAUGCUCUUAAGUCAGAAUCCACCUCUUUUCAAGGGGUUAAAUCUGGAGCCGUGUCCACUGCAGAGCCCCAGCUUGUCUUAAUAUCAGAGCACCCCCAGGGUAAAUCCAGCCUUCUUUCUCCAGUGUACAAAGACAGCUACCAUCACUCUCUGCAGAGGCAUCGGAGCUCAGAUGUCUCGCCAAAGAGGCCCAGCACUGCCACAGGAGGGCCCAUGAGAAGCCCCAGGCCUUACCGCUCUGAAUCCAAGUACAUAGAAAAAACCUCCCCUACUGGUGAGAGCAUCAUCACCGUAACACCUGCUGCUGCUAUCCUGAGGGCUGAGGCGGAGAAGAUCCGUCAGUACAGUGACCACCGGCACUCGUAUCCCGACGCUCAAAUUGAGGAGCUAGAAGGACCCGACAGCCACAAAUUGUUGGAGCCGCUCACUCACUCCCGCUCCAGAGACUUAGCGUAUUCCCAAAUGUCCUCUCAGUAUCACAAUUUAAGCUACUCCUCUAGUCCCGAGUACUAUUGCAAACCUUCACACAGCAUCUGGGAGCGACUCAAACUGCACCGGAAACGGCAUAAAGAUGAGGAGUACAUGGCUGCGGGACAUGCCCUGCGUAAGAAAGUUCAGUUUGCAAAGGAUGAGGACCUGCAUGACAUUUUAGACUACUGGAAAGGCGUUUCAUCCCAACAUAAAUCAUAACCCAUCUAGGCAUUUUUAAAAUGAACCUUACGUUGACAAAAUGACACAAGAACCUUGUCUUACAACAGAAACGUGGACUACUUCAGUAUUAUAAUCAACUAUUCACUCGUGUAUUACAAUCUCUGUUGACUGUGAGGAAAACAGGAGGAAAUUCUUUAAAUUUGUCAUAUUAUGUAAAACAUUCAUCUGGAAAAAAUGUAUUGCAAAUUAAUUAUAUAAAUAUACAUAUAUAUAUAGAUCUAUGUUACAAUGGAUAUUAGGUUUUUGGGUAUCGCAUGGCCAAGUCCUGUGAGAGUGGAUUUGCUGUUGUGUAAUUUGAAACUACUAUAUAAAGAUACUGAAACCUCAAUAUUUUUUGAAGAACUAUCUGGGCCCAUGCAAAUAGAAUAUUUUUGUCUUCCCUUCUUGCAUAUAUUUAAUUGAAAAARGUGUACAGGUAUGGGUUUCUAUAUUUGCAAUGUUUGCUGUGUAAAUGUCAAAGUAUUAGUGGAAGAAUCAGGUUUAUCAAACGGAAUACUGUUUAUUGAGAUUAUCUUGGUUACUGAAGAAGAGUGAGCCCUUKUUUACAGCUGUCUGAACUUUUGACGAUUUUGCCAUCAGUUUGUUUUUUAAAUAUUUUUUUUUACUUUUACACAAUUCAGAUGGAUUCACUUUUAUUAUUUUUUAUUAAACUGUGCAGUUUUGAGUGUCCUGACAUACUUUCUUCAAGCUAAAAUGCAGUGUCGAUUAUGCCAUGGUGAUCGUUUUUGUUUUCUGAUUCGUAAACCACUAUUUGCGUUUUUAGAACCAAAGUAGAACACGCUGAAAUGUUUACAAUAAUCCUGCACGGUUUAGGGAUUAUACAAAAUUUACAUUUAAGUACAUAUACAUUUUUAUUGAUUAGUUUAUCGGUUAUUCCCUCAGAAGAGAAAACUGGAAAACAGUACCCACAAACAAGAUACUGUACUGAACAAACAAAAGCUGACUAAAAACCACCUUUUCAUUGUGAAGGCAGCUGCACUUUAUCUUGUUGUUUAAGUACACAGAAAGCUGCAGCUUGCAGGUGAGCCCGAUAGAUGAAUGUAACAAAUAUAAAUUCUGUCUAAGGCAGCUUUUCUCUACAUUUUCCAUGACAUUUUUCUUUCAUGCUAUUAAUAACUUUGGUUCUGUUUUUCAGAUGCUUCAAUAUUUCUUCCAAUGUGCUACAUCACAUUACGUGUGAUCGAACAAAUGGAAGAAAGUAGUUUGUUAUUCAGAUGGGCCUUGCUGCUUGCUGAGUGGUUUAAUGUGAUUUUUAUCUGCUUAGGCUGCUAAAGCAUUUUGUAUAUUAAGAAAGCCAAGUACAUGGCAAACAUCAACAUUUUAGAGUCAGAUUUACGAAUGUGAAACUGAAUCUUCUGACUUACUGGCUGUGAAUUUGUAUAUAAUGAUUCUUUUUCGCUUUUUUUCUGAGUAAAAACAAGAUUUAAAGUGUUUUUUUGUAAGAUGUUUAUAUAUUUUGUUCCAAUCGGGCUCAUAAUGAUUCAUCACACAAUUCUGAAAAACUGACAUGUAUCUGAUUUGAAUCUAAUGGGAAACCAUUAGAUGAACUUUUACACUGCUGAAAUUUUUUUAUGAGAGUUGGUUUUWUCAGUUCAUCAGUGUGGACUCCUUACAGAACAGAUUAUUGCACAUUUUUUACACAGUACAUCAAAGAAAGAAAACAUAAUUUAAACAUAGCACUAGUUUAUUUUAUUGAACCAAGUGGUAAAAUCAGACCUAAAUUAAAUCUUUUCAUAUACCUCCAUUUUUAUUUAGACUUCAWCAGAAGAAACUUUACUGUGUUUUUACCUUUCUGUGAUGAGAAAACGACCUUUUUUAAAAACACUUUCCCAAGAAGAGGUUUUGAAAGUUUUGUUAUGGAUAUUUCUGUGUGGAAUUUUCAAACAUAAUGACAUUACCUUCACCAAAUUGGUUCUUUUAUUGUUCUGUAUAAAAAGAAAUAUAUAUAUAUAAAAUUUAUCCAGAAAUUGUUUCUGGUUGUCACCAAAUUGUGUAAUAUCUCCAGAUAACAUACCAGCUAAAAUAUUUUUUUCAGGGUUUUCUUCUGUGAGAUGGGAGAAGCAAUAGUUCCUGUUUUUUUUUUUUUUAUAGAUCCAUCAGAUCUUUUAACUCAGCUGCUGAAGGAGUACCAUUAGGUUGCAGUAGUUUCCAUGAUUUACAAUUAUAGUGGAUUUUUACCCUUCCAAGAAUAAAACCAUUACAGUACAGUAAAAAUAUGUAAUUAAAGUGAGUCUGGAAUUUAAUACAGUUCUGGGAAAUUACAUAUUUUUAUUCUGAGUGUUUACUAAAUGRGCAARUGYUGCAUUUCAUUAUUUUUYUUUCCCAAAAUGAUUUCAUCUCAUGUAACAGUGUCACAGCAUUGUUAUAAUAUUUUAAUGAGAGAUGAAGCAUUUAUGAGCCUGAUGUGAAUGUCUUAUGUAAGCACCUUGUUAAGUAUUAACUGGGUUUUCUGACUCAGUAUUUCAACCGCCUUAAAUUUUUUGGGAUUUGGGUAAAAAAAGUGUAAAGUUUUCUUUUACUUGUUGAAAAUGUUGUUCAUUAUCCAUUUAUUAUUUUUGUAAAGACGUUUCAAUAUCUUCUGAGAGCUGUCCAGGUUCUAGUUUAUUUAGCUUUUUAGAACCAUGUUUUUUAUACUGCAUAUUGUAGCACUUCUGUGUCGAAUUAGAAGUUUGGGUGUCGGGAAACCAUUUUAGAGGGAUCAACACGUUGUUGUUUGAGUGCAUCAGAACAAACAAGAGCACAAAAUGUUUGUGUUUUUUAUUAUCAUUUUCAAUUCUUAAUACUAUGUUAUCUGCUUUCAGACAAAGUACUGUGAAAUAAAGUCAAGGGUGCAAAUACAGCCUAAAACCAGUA